CGAUCUCUGGGUUGAGCCAGCCGCUGCCUUGGCUACGGGGCUCCUCAGGUGGCGGCGUCUGUAGUGGGGCUACGGAGGCCGGGUUGCCGGGAAAGUAUUUAAGAAGCUCAUGGAGUAAUAUGAGUCAGAGUAAUAUAGGAUCUGCAGGAAGUCCCUCAAGAUAGUUGGAAAAGAAGAAUUUAUAGACUCUUCGUCAAGAUCUUCAUUUAUACAGCUGUUAAAUCCAAGGCUACAGUAGUGGUGAAACCAUGAAUAAAAAUACAUCUGCUGUAGUAUCAUCCGGUCUACUUGAAAAAGAUCCUGCCUUUCAGAUGAUUACAGUUACCAAGGAGACAGGCCUUGGUCUGAAGAUCCUAGGAGGAAUUAACCGGAAUGAAGGUCCCUUGGUAUAUAUUCAGGAAAUCAUGCCUGGAGGAGACUGUUAUAAGGAUGGACGUUUGAAGCCAGGAGAUCAACUUGUCUCAAUAAACAAGGAGUCUAUGAUUGGUGUAUCAUUUGAAGAAGCAAAAAGCAUAAUUACCAGAGCCAAGUUGAGGUCAGAAUCUGCUUGGGAGAUAGCAUUCAUAAGACAGAAAUCUCACAGCAGUCAUUUAGAAAAUCCAUCGUGUUCAUCCCUUUUACAAGCUACAGGAGAAUAUGGACCUCAAGCCUCAAAAUUUAGUCUUCUUUCUUCUUCCCCUGAAAUACUAAUUCCAAAGACCUCAUCGACUCCCAAAUCUACAGAUGCCAUUUUAUCUUCUUUUAAGAUAAAUCAGAUAAAAACUGGAUACAAGAAAACAGAACAGAUUCCAAUUACUUCUUCAGACAACAGCCCUACAGAUAUGCCUAAUACAGAUAUUGCCCCUGCCUUGACUGAUAAUUAUGGACCACAAGGAAAGAAGAUUUCCCUAAAUCCCUCUGUUCGCCUUAAAGUAGAGAAACUAGAAAUGGCUCUAAAUUAUCUUGGUAUUCAGCCCACAAAAGAACAACACCAAGCCCUGAGACAGCAAGUGCAAGUAGACCCAAAGGGGACAGUGUCUUUUGGAGAUUUUGUCCAGGUUGCCAGAAACUUGUUCUCCUUGCAUUUGGGUGAAGCAAAUGUUGGUGCACAUGAAAUUUCCAACAUAUUAGACUCACAGCUUCUUCCCUGUGAUUCCUUAGAAGCAGAUGAAAUGGAAAGGCUUAAGCAUGAAAGAAAUGAUGCCUUGGAAGAAGUGAAUACACUUAAGGAAAAAUUAUUUCAAUCGGAAAGGCAAAGGAAACAAUUGACAGAAGAACUCCAAAAUGUGAAACAAGAAGCCAAAGCUGUGGUCGAAGAAACAAGAGCCCUGCGAAGUCGGCUUCAUCUUGCCGAAGCUGCACAGAGACAGGCACACGGAAUGGAAAUGGAUUAUGAAGAAGUGAUCCGUCUGUUAGAGGCCGAGAUUACAGAGCUGAAGGCUCAGCUUGCUGAUUAUUCUGACCAAAAUAAAGAAAGUGUUCAGGAGUUAAGAAAGCGAAUCACAGUACUUGACUGCCAAUUGCGAAAAUCAGAAAUGGCUCGAAAAACUUUUGAGGCAUCCACUGAAAAGCUUCUUCAUUUUGUAGAGGCUAUUCAAGAAGUAUUUUGUGAUAAUUCUCUUCCUUUGUCAAAUUUAAGUGAAAGAAGAGCUAUGUUAGCUUCCCAGACGUCCCUCACACCACUGGGAAGGAGUGGACGUAACAUCCCAGCAACGCUGGCGCUUGAAUCUAAGGAACUUGUUAAAUCUGUCCGAGCCAUACUUGAUAUGGAUUUCUCUCUGAAAUGGAAGAAUAAAUAUAAAAAUAAAUCCACAACAGCACUGGAAACCUAGAAGGUUGGACUCAACAUUGAGGAAAUUUUUAAUAAUAUACAACAGAUGGAAUAAGAUUGAAGAUACAGCCCAGCUGUGCAAGAGACCCCAGAACACAAUAAAGGUGAAAGACAGUGAGUUAAGUAGAACCAUGAAAAACCCUCAAGAUCACAAGCAGGGAAAGCUAGGAACAAACCCUGGGGCAGUCAGCAGGGUAACGAAUUAAAGGGCUGUAGAGCAGCUGAACUGAGUUCCCUACUCUUCAGAGCUAAGAGAAUACCUCUCUCAAGGGACUGCAUGAUCUGUCACUGGACACCCCCAGAGUCAGCCGUGUUCUCAGUAACCUCCUUACAUAUUUGUCUAUGUAAGACUCCUGUCUCAAUUUAGAUAUUCCUGUCUGAAAUUAGCAAUAUUUUAACUUUUAAAAUUAGAAUGUCAGUAAUAGCUGCUUUUAGUCUUUACAUUCUGAUGCUAGUUAGAAGUUAUUUAGACAGCCGUGUUCUCAGUAACCACUGGACACCCCCAGAGUCAGCCGUGUUCUCAGUAACCUCCGUGUUCUCAGUAACCACCACAGGCCACAUUGCUCCUAUUUUUUAGGAGGGAUGAAAAUAGCCACUACUAAUGUAUUAUGUGUAAGAUCAGAAUUUUAUAUAUCAGACAUUUUUAAGCUAGGAUGGGAACAGUGGAGGAAAACACCUGCACAGACAUAGCCCAGUGGACAUUGCAAUCAUUAAUUUUAAUUACCUUGCUAGCAUUAACCUUUAUAUUUGUCAAACAUGAUUAUUCAAAGAAAAUUUUUGAAGUUCAGCAGAACUUCUUUGGAAGAAAAGUGGAAAAUUACAUCUUCACUUUUUAUCUGUCAUAAGAUUAUACCCACUCCGCUGCUUAAAACUAGCAAAUUGUUUCUAAGUUGUCUUCCUAUUUAGAAAUACAAUUGCUAAUGUUUGCAUAUUUCCCAGCACUUUUGUAAUUAUAUGUGACAUAUCUUUUUCAGUGUGAUAAUUCAGAUAAGCUCAGCUCAUUUUUCUUUCUCUUUAAGCAGUAGCUUUUUCCAUCUGUAAUGAAAAGGAGAAAAUUGCUAUCAUGUGGUAGAUAAUUCAGCCACAGCCUCCACCUCAUUUCCUUUGCCAUGGCUAUCCGAUUAUUUCAAGUUUCAAUUUGAAAUUUUCAUUUGGGUAAUUGCCUCCACUUUCUUGUUAAUUUAAGUAUACUCCAGGAUGUUAUACUAUGGAACUUCCUCAGAAAUGAAAUUAAGAUUUCUUAGGUCUUAUAGGUUAAAACCAGUCACUAAGGAAUAUCUAGAGGACAAUUGUGAACCAUUUUUGGAUCAUGGACUCCAUGGAAAUCUGAUGAAAGUCCUCUUCCCAGAAAUAUGCAAUUAAGCACAUUUUUUUCAUGCAUUUUCAGAGUGUUUAUGAAUCCCAACUUAAGAACCCCUGAUGUAAAAUUACAGGGAACACGAAUGCUUUCUACAGCAUUGCAAACAUGGCCAUCCAUCUCUCACAAGAAUACCUCUAGCAGUGGAGAAGUAUAUGAAUGACAUAGGCAGCCAAGAGUCAAGCAGCACUUUGAAUCCACGUAAACAAUGUGCCUCAGAAUCUCUGAUGUUCCCUGGAGGUCCCCCAGAGAGCACCUCAAUUGGUCAUCCAACUUCAUUAGGCAAAUUACUUAACCUCUGGGCCUGUUUCCUCAUAUAAAAGGUAGAGAUUAUAAUAUCUGAAGUGGCAGGAUUGGAGAAUUAAAUGAGAUACAUGUAAAGUACCUUAAAGUAUAAGAUGUUCUAUAAAUGGCUGUUACUGCUGCUGGUACCACAUUACUAUCUAUAGUAAUUAAUUUAAAGAAUACUUUUUCUCUAUGGUAAGCAUUAUAUAAUUAUUUUCUAAAGCUUUGUUUAACUUUGAUACAUUUGAAAAUGUGAUAGAUGAGACCUUUUCUUAAUAUAUAACAUUUAUUGCUAUUAUUGAUUUUGAGUUAGAAUGUAAUCAUCACAGGAAACUGCGGUUAAAUGUCUGAAUCAGCAGCUUAUCUUUCAGUUGUUUAUUGCUAACUAUAAGGAAACUUAGAUCUGCUCUGUUACAUUACCUUCAGUGAAACAGUAUGUAGACAUAAUAGGCAUUUUCAAUCAGUACUGGAACCCCUGGAGGCCCUUAUAUUGAUCUCCAUCAAUAUUUACAUGGUCAGUAUUGCAAUGCUUUAGUGUCAUCUUUAUUUGAAAUAACUACAUGUUUUAAAGUGUAAUUUUCAUUUGAUUGACAUCUAGAUUAACAAAAUUCUGUAAUGAAAGCAGGAAGAGGCAGUUCUAUUUUUAAAAAAUGCAUAUUAAAACAAUAUCUGAAAAAAAAAAAAAAAACAAUAUCUGGCUGGAUAUCCAAUAGGAGGUUUUUUAUAAAAAGAGAACUUAUUGACUCCCUGGUAAAUCGACAGAGUAAACACAGGCUUCUACCUUCCUUCCCAUGGAAAUGAUCAAUGGAAUAUAAAAAUAGGGGGGAAGUCUUCAAAAGCACUAGCAGUUACAGGCAAAUCCCCAAAACUUUUCAACAUAGGGCAGGUAGGACCACAUAGAAGAGAAGCAUGAAGGUCCUCUGCUAAACAACAAUAGCAAUUAUGGGAAUAACUGGAGGGAACCCUGACAGGAGGGCACCCCUUAAUGCAUUCUAAUUUGAAGGGGUAAUGAAUAAAGUCAAAGACUGGCUAGGGGGUAGAUGGACUCUUUUUACUCUAUUAUUUUGGUGAGUCAGUGUCAUUUGUUGAAAUCCUCAGGGUCCACACAGUUUCUGUGUCAAGCAGAAGGCCAUCUGGGGCUUGGUCCUUUAGUCAGCCUAGACACACUUUAGACCUGACACACAUUGGGGCAUACAAGAAAUGUAUGUAAAGAAAUAAAUAUAAAGGGAAACUGGCACAGCAGCUUCUGUACCACAGGCCACAUUGCUCUGCACAGCCGCCUCUGGUCCUGGCUCACGACUCACUCCCCUCAGACUGAUGCAUUGUCCUUAUACUUGCAAUGCAAUGCACAUGGGCCAGCCUCCAGCCUGAGCUUUAGAUCAUACCCUCAUCAACAACUUGGUUGAGUGUCAGGGCAGCCAGGGAUCCACAUAUUCUUGCAAGGGUCAAAAACCAAUUCUGAGUAGAGAGCUGUCUACAUUCAAGGCUUGUAUAAAGAGAAACAUAUAACACACACACACACAGUUCAUUCAAGCUCUUAUAAACAAAUAGAUAUAUAUGUAUACAUAGAAAUAUAUGAUUAUGAAAAAGUCCACUUUCAAGAAAAUAGGAGAUAGCUGUCAAGGUUCAGAAUAGACUUCAGGAUCAAGAUGGUAGGGUGAUCUCAUGCCAUUCUGUUCCUACACUUAGAAAUGACGUUUAAAAUUUUGUGUGUGUUCAAAAGAUAAAAACCGAGAAAGGAACGCCUCCCUGCACCAAAAACAGAGGGUAAAACUAUAAUAAUAACUGGGGUCUUCAGCUUCUGAGAUACACAGGAUCGACGUGAGCAGCUGGAGCAAAAGUUCAAACACCCACGAGGGCCCAAAUGACGUCAGAGCGAAGGAAGCAAGGAGCAGGGACCUUCCAGCAUAAAAUACACUUUCUUUUCUCAACUUACUCACAUAUAAGGCAUUAAACAAAAAUAAAAAUCCCUUCAGUUUAGGAGCCAUCUGGGCCUGCCACCAAUUAAAUUUGAAAAUAAGUGUUCUCAUCACUACAGGUGGGAAUAUAACUUGACACAACAUUCUUGGGAAUCAGUUUUGCAGUAUAUAUCAAGAGCUUUUAAAAUGUCUAUUUGAAAAGUGUUUUUGAAAGUUAAAAGAAAAUUUUAAUGGUCAAAUAUUUUAACCUGAUAAUCCCACCUGUUAGUAUUUUUGCAAAGAAAAUAAUCAGUGAUGUGCUUAAAAAUGUAUAUACAAGUAUUUUCAUUGUGGCAUUUCUUAUAAAAGCAGAAGUAUGGAUGUUCAACUGUUACAUAUUGGUUGAAUAAUUAUAUAGCUUUUACUCAAUCCAUUGAAAAUAAAGAUGAACUUUUCCCCUACCAAGCAACAACCAUCCGAUUACACAUAUUUGUCUAUGUAAGACUCCUGUCUCAAUUUAGAUAUUCCUGUCUGAAAUUAGCAAUAUUUUAACUUUUAAAAUUAGAAUGUCAGUAAUAGCUGCUUUUUGUCUUUACAUUCUGAUGCUAAUUAGAAGUUAUUUAGGCAUAUGGAAAAAGGCUCUUUGAGAAAAAGGGGAAAUGCAGUACUGCAAUAUUUAAAGGCCUUCACAAUUUUUCUUUUGGAUCCAAAGCUCACACUUGAUAUAGCAUCUUCUCAUUGUACUUAUUCGAGGUCUCAGACUCUCAUCUUUGCCUUCCUUAUUUCCUUCAAAGCAUAUUUUUAUUAACCUACAUGAAUUUAUCAUGUAUAUAUAUAUAUAUAUAUAUAUAUACCAUGUGUGUAUAUAUAUAUACCAUGUGUG